CCACCUAGAAGUGCCUGGCUGACAGCAGUCUCAGCGCGUCGCUAGCUAACAUUCUACCUCCCAAAUCCGAUCCUGUCCGUCUCUCCUUCGCUACAGCUAUUGCUCAGUCGAGCUCGUCGAAUACACCCUACUUGUUCCGCGCGCGCCUUCUCGGUUAGAUGCAUGACGCGUUCGCAUCUGUCGUCGACUUGCGCGCUUUUCGUCCGGCUUAGUAACGUCAAGAUACGAACCAGACUGAGGCGAGCACGUGGCUGCAAACGCUGCAUUGCAAACGCUGCAUCCUCAAACGCCCAAAAAGGAAAUCACGUCCUUCACCCAGCCUCGAGGUUAGAUAUAGUUCCCCACUUUUCAUCCUCCCGUCACAAACAUCUACACCCAGCGUCACUGUAGCCUCUGGUCGUUGCUGCCCAGCGACGCCUACUUUGAUAUAUCUCUUUAACCAAGCCCGGUACGCCACGAUACGAGACGACGACAAGUCCAUCAUGCUGCCCAAGAGAGAGGGCGAGGGCGCCGGCCACUCGGAAAUAGUGACGAUGCUGCCGCCACGGUCGGCACCAGCAGCUCAACAAAAAGUGAUGCUCAGCAUCGGCGACUACAACGCACCCCAUGCAAGGCUGGCGUCAUUCAGGAAGAACCCCCACCCGUGGCCGCACGCGCGACCGGCGCCCGAGGACCUCGCCGCCGCCGGCUUCUUCUACGACCCCUAUGGCAUCGUGACCGGCCUGCCCCCCGGCAUGGGCCACCUUUCGCCCCCCAUGUCGCCGCCGACCGGGGAGGAGGAGGAGGGUGGCGACACCGUCGGCGGCGAGGACCAUCCGCCGCACCCCAUGGACGGCACCACGUGCCCGUCGUGCGAGCUCUCCGUCGACGGCUGGGAGCCCGACGACGACCCGUUCGAGGAGCAUACGGCGCGCUCGCCGCGCUGCCGCAUGGCCGUCGCGCUCAAGCGUCGGCGGUCCGAGGCACGCGCCGCGCCCGCGGCCGACGCUGUGCCCAUCGAGAACCACAAAAAGAGGAGGGCACUCGCCGCCGUCUCGGGAAAGGCGGGCAGGCCGAGCCCCGAGACGCCCGCUGCCGUCGACGGCGACUUCCCGCGCCGCCAGACGGGGAUCGCGCAGAUGGACAAGGCCGGCGAUGGAACCCCCAUCUCCAGAACGAUAUCCGUUCACUUGACAUGACCCGCGUGAUCAUGGAUAAACAGAGAAGCUAGGGGAGCCACGUCGCCCAAUGAGAGUCUAAACGGUACUUUUAUCCAAAAGUUUGUGUCUGAGGUCAAGGCUUCCAAUCAAGCUAUGUAAAUAUUUCUCCACCGCAACCAUACCAUAUUGAAAACAGGCUUGUUGAUGUUUGUCACUUUAUGAGGGAAAGAAGCUGCAGAACGUCAACAACCACCGCC